ACCACCCAAUACCAACAACAAGACUCAUCCCUCAAACAACUCUCUUUUGUCUUUUCUCUAUACUAAGUCCCCCAACACAUCUUUCCUUUUUUCCUUUUUUUUUUUUCAUUAUUUCUUAUUUAUUAGUUCUUGUUUUGAAUUAAUUUAUUUUAUCUUAUUUCUCCACUAAGAGACAAUGGCGUUGAAGGCAUAAAGAAGUGGCCUUUCUUUGUCGUUCACAUAGCCCUCCUUUCUUAAAUAUUCAAAAUCUACCAGCGUUGUUAUGUGUGUGUGUGUGUAUAUAUAUAUAAUAGAGCUGACUUUCCAAGCUUUAUGAUGAUUAUCCACUAAAUCAUAUCUACAUAUAUAUAUUGCCAAACAACCCCCCAAAAGAAGCCAAAAAAUCAAAAAACAAAAUCUGGGUUUGUCUUGAAUGGAUGCUGAAAAGUUGAAACUGAAGAAAAACAUGUUGGCUAAGGCCUGGGACAGAUGCAAAUCUCUUGGCAAUAGUGGCAAGAACUCAUCGGUGAAUCCAUUGAUGAAGAAGAGCAAAUCAUGUCAUAUUCCUUCCUCAUCCAUGGAAGAUCAUAAAAAGAAAAACAAGGUGCCUCCGGAAGGGUGUUUUUCGGUAUACGUUGGAUCUGAAAGGCAAAGAUUCGUCAUCAAGACCGAAUUGGUUAACCAUCCAUUGUUCAAGAUGUUGCUUGAAGAUGCUGAGCUUGAAUAUGGGUUCAAUAGUGAAGGUCCUCUUCUUCUUCCUUGUGAUGUUGAUUUGUUUUAUAAAGUAUUGGCAGAGAUGGAUGAUAAUGGUGAUGAUGGAGAAAUGAGUACUCGUUUCGUUUGUAGCUUUGGGUGCAGUCCUUCUCGUCAUCGUUUAAGUUCAAGAAGUACGAAUAAAGGAUAUGGCUCGUAUAAGGCUCUUUGUUCAUCUCCGAUGAUUAAAUUGAAUAGUUAUUAAACUUAAUGAUUAUACGAUUUGAUUUUUCUUUUAUGGGGAAUGGAUAUGUGAAGAUGAUCAAGCAUUCACAUACAUCAAUGUAAUUGAAAAAGUGGUGUGCAUUGAUUUUCAUAAUUUAAUGCAUAUAGUAAUUAACUUA